AUGGCAAAACCUUUAGAUCAUAUCAAGAGACCUAUGAACGCUUUUAUGGUGUGGUCCCGUGGCCAAAGGCGAAAGAUGGCACUGGAAAAUCCUAAAAUGCACAAUUCAGAAAUCAGCAAAAGACUUGGUGCGGAAUGGAAGUUGCUUUCUGAGUCAGAAAAGCGACCGUACAUCGACGAGGCCAAGAGAUUGCGCGCGCAACACAUGAAAGAGUACCCGGACUACAAGUACAGACCCCGGCGCAAACCCAAGAGUUUGAUGAAAAAGGACCGCUUCGUUUUCCCAUUGCAGUUCUUCGGGGAUGCAGAACACUUGAAAGGUUUCUCCACGGACUCCCUCCUAGCCUCUGCAGAGAAAGCCAGAGCUUUCAUUCCGCCAACUUCAUCACCAUACUCUCUCCUUGACCCUGGCCAGUUCAGCACUGGCGCUGUCCAGAGGAUGUCGGAAGUACCUCACACCUUGGCUGCUAACGCCUUGCCCUACGCUCACGCUUUUGGAUAUCAGACUGGACCUUUUGGAAGUUUAGGUUGCCCUAGCCAGCAUACUCACACUCAUCCUUCACCUACAAAUCCGGGGUACGUGGUGCCCUGUAACUGCAGCGCAUGGUCAACGACGAGUUUACAGCCUCAGGUAGCUUACAUCCUUUUUCCAGGUAUGUCCAAAACUGGCAUAGACUCGUACUCCUCAGCUCAUUAA